AGAGGAGGAGGAAGAGGAGCACAAGGACGGCCCCCGCGCGAUUGAUGGGCGGCUCCUCCGCCCUGGACCAGCCCGCCUGCCCCGCCCCUCGGCCCCUUUAGCCGCUCGCAGGGGAGAGAGGACUGACCCGCAAGGUCAGGGAUUAAGAAUCAUGUUGCAUGAAGCAAGAGACAGGCAGAAGUUCAUCAGUGAUGUUCAAUAUCUGCGGGACAUGCAGCAUAAGGAGGACUCGGAAUAUCAGGCUUUUCUGAGACGACAGGAAUACAGAAGAGAUCCAAAUGAGAAGAAACGAGAUCAAUUUUGGGGGCAAGAGACAAAUUUUGAGAGAUCCUGGUUUUCAAGCGGGUCAUCUUCCAAACAGAGUUCUGGUGAGGAGGAUCCUCUAGCUGAACCAAGAUUAUCUACCAAGAAUUCUGCGGUUAAGUGUGAUUCCAGACUUCCAGCAAUUGACCAAACAUCAGUCAAGCAGAAACAUAAAAGUACCAUGACUGCAAGGAAACCAGAGAAAGCAGACCCUGGAAAACCCUCUCCAGCAGCCCAGGUACCACAGAUUUUAUCAAGGAAGAGGUGGCCGAACCUGGAGAGACUGACUGUCAGCCCAGAAAUGCAGAGCCCAAGAGUGCCUGGGGACAGAAGCAGACAGAAAUCGCAGCUGCUGGCAAAGGCGCCAGCCCUCAGGAAAGCAGAUCCAGAACCCAUGUGGGCAAGUGACACUAAGCUGAAGAAGCCAACUCUAGAGAGAAGAAACUUAGUCCCAUCCUCACAGCUCAUGACAAUGACUGAGAACACCCCUGAGAGAGCCAAAAAAGGAGACCCCAGUGGUCUUUCCCAGAAUGAGCCACAUCUAGCUCUAUCUCAGGCCUUCCAAGGAACAAAUAGUCCUCAAGUGUUGAGCAAGUCCUUGAGGCCACCACUUAUAACCACUACCAUGAGAGGGCCAAGAAGGGCAUCAUUUAGGUUCAGAGAUGAAGAUUUUUAUUCCAUAUUAUCACUAAACCCUGGAGGAGAAAAUGAUGACACCGAAGAGGAAACCCACGUAGAGGAAGAGCGUUUGUUGCUUGGUAUGCAAUCAUCCCGUUCUCCUUCCAAUCAUAAGAGAAGUAGAUUUCCUGGAACAUCGGCCACUCGGGCCAAAAAUAAAAAUUUUGAAGAAAAUCCUGAAAAUUGCAGAACUAAUUCUGUAAGAAGAAGUGAGUCCGGUCAUAGCUCAUUAAGAAUAAGCAAUGCAGUGGAGCCAGGGACAGAGCAGCCUUCUGUCGGACAAAGGAUGUUCCAAGAUCCCGGGCUGCCUGAUGGGGGGUCUGCUAAAGAGAAUGACAGUGGUGAUAGUGAAAAUGAGAAAAAGACCUUUCAUUCCUGGGACCCCAAAUCCGAAGCCAGUCUAGAUGAUGAUCUCAAUGCUGAAAAUGUAUGUAGUGAUUGUACUUCUGUGGAAGAUAGGCCUGGCAGCCAUGAUUAUGAAAGAGACUGGCAAGCCUAUUUAAACAAUUCUAGCAGUUCUCUUGACUGUUUUCUUUCUGGUAGACCAAGAGCUCCAAGAUCAUCAAUGAAUUCAUCUUAUAACACUCCUGGAUCAUUAAGGCAUUCUGCUCUAAGAGAUGAUAUUCCGGUAGACUUGUCGAUGUCAUCUAUUUUAGUUCACAGUUCAGACUCAGAGGGAAACUCCAGGCUUAAUGUUCGUCGACCACUGUCCCCCAUUAGAAAUAGGAAUCCAUUUGCCAGUGCUGAAAACCACAGUUAUUUUCCAGUAAACAGUGCACAUGAAUUGGAUGUCAGGGGAGCAGAAGAUAUUACUUUAACAAGCCGAUCUCAGGAGGAUCAAUUAUAUACAGAAGAUCUCUUACUAAAUCGUCAAAGCAGCUUGUCCUUAGUGGAGUCUUCCAGCUCCUUCCCACCAAGAAUGAACUUACAAGGCCACUUGCAUGUGCCUGGCUCCCUGCAAGAAAAUAUACCUUUUUCUUUCUUUACAGUGUCUGAUUUCUCAAAUCAAAAUGAUAAUGGGAACAGAAUAGCUGUCUCUGGUUUCACAGAUGAAAAGGAAGCCACUAAAAUAAAGGAAGACCCUGAGAAACUCAAGAAAUUGCAAGAAAGUCUCCUGGAGGAGGACUCCGAGGAGGAGGGAGACUUGUGUCGCAUCUGUCAGAUAGCUGGGGGUUCCCCAGCCAACCCCCUCCUGGAGCCUUGCGGCUGUGUGGGAAGCCUGCAGUUUGUUCAUCAGGAGUGCCUGAAAAAGUGGCUGAAAGUGAAAAUAACAUCAGGAGCGGAUCUGGGCGCCGUGAAGACCUGUGAGAUGUGUAAGCAAGGCCUGCUUGUCGAUCUGGAUGAUUUUAAUGUGACCGAGUUCUAUCAGAAGCACCAGCAGUCCCGGGCACAAAAUGAGCUGGUGAAUUCAGGCCUGUACCUGGUGCUGCUGCUUCACUUCUAUGAGCAGAGUUUUGCAGAAAUCAUGAGACUCAACUACAACUGGCUUGCGAGAGAGAGGAUUCCGAGUUGGGAGAUGGAAAUGAAAGCAGCAUUUAUCAAAGCAACGGCCGGGUCAUCUAGCGAGGGAGCUGGCUGUGGAGCUUGGAGAGACCUAUUCCCCCAGCUGCCUUUUCUACAUCCCCACGCGCCUCCCUUCCUCCUCCUCUUUACUGAAACUGAAACCAAUGUGUUCGCAGCUAUCAUUUUCACCUUGUGCCACUCUCUUCUUGGGGUCUGGCUUGAGCAUAUACGGACAGCAACAGUGACCAGCCCAGUCCCAGACAGCGCAGGCCAGGCAACCUGGGCUGGUUGAGCCCCCCUACAGGCUGCCCUGCUGCUGCCCAGAAGCCCAGA